CCCUUUUUUCUAAUUCCUAACCCUACCUUCUCUUCAUCCAAGCCAACAAAGCAACGAAGCAGCAGGCACACAACCAGAGCAGAGCACAGGGACGGAGCAGCAGCAAGCACAGAUUUGUAGAUGGGUCGAGCUAAACGAAGAAUGGAACUCAUAAGAAACGAAAAGGCUCGCUAUGUAACCUAUCAAAAGAGAAAGAAGGGCUUGAAGAAGAAGACUUGUGAACUAGAAACUCUAUGUGAUGUCCAAGUUUGCCGGAUCAUCUAUGGACCUAAGUUGGUGAUCAUUCCACCGAGGUAGAAAUAUGGCCCCAAAAUCCCAAUGAUAUUCAACGCUUGAUUGACACCUAUAGAAACCAAUCUAUUGAAGAUCGUCAUAGGAGGACGCUUGAUUUAUCCAACUUUUUUGAGAACCGAAACCAAAAGAUUGAAGACAUGCUUGUCAAACUACGUAAGAAGAAUGACAAGUCUUUGUACUCUAUGUGGGAUGAUCAUUACAAAGACUUGCCGGAGAGGCAGCUGAGAGCCUUUGAAGGUAUGUUGGAGGGUAAGCUUGUAGAUGUGAAGGCCAGGGUUGAAUUCAUGAAGGGAACUCGAGCAUUGGCAAGUCUUAACGAUAUGGAACAAACCACUCAACAAAACCAUUCUAAUUAUUUCAUGCAAGGUUUGUUUGGUACUACAAGUUUGCAAAUGGGGAUUAUCCAUGAGGAGACGCCUAUUUCUCCGUUGAAUUCACUGUAUAAAAUUGAUGACAUCUCUCUUCAUUACCCUUUUGAUCAAACUGAACACCAGGGAAUUGUUGAGCUUGAUGCAAAAUCCAUGGCAAUUAGUCCAAUGAUGAUGCCAAUGAACAACAUUAAUGACACUCAUUACACUCAACUUGGUGGUAUGUCUAGCAGCAACUUGCAGUGCAUUGAUCCACUAGAGAAGUUGAUAUAUUAUGAUCCAAUAAUGUUGUUGCCCUCUCCAGAGUCAGUUUUAACAGGAGUCUCGUGCACUGAGUCGUCCUUUUCAAUGUCUAGGAUGAUGGAGAACGAGGUUGGUAAAAAUCAUCAUCCUUAUUGUGGCGGUUCAAGCAUGCAAACAAUGUCACCAUAUAUGCAGUACCUGAAGAUGGCAAGUGGUCCAUCUCAAGUUCAUGCAUGGCAGAUGGAGGAGUACUAUAAAGAAAAUGAGUUUCAGAUGAAGAACCAAAAGUGAAUUCAAUUCAGGUUUAAGUCAUGGAUUCUAAUGGUACAUUUGGUAGUAGAAACUAAUUAAUUAGUGUGGAAAGGGAAGUACCCAAUUUUACUUUACUUUAUUUUAUUUUAUUUUUAAAUUUAGUGUUUUAAUAGCUUAGGUCUCCGUAAGUUUAAUUAAUGACUAUUUAUAUGGACUCAUUAACCUUUUAAGUAGGGUUCUAAAUUCUAAUUGGUAAAGUAGUAUUUAUAUAUAAUUAAACUAAAUUGCAUACAAGUA